UUUACAACGAAAUAAAACCCAAGCUGAGCAGGAAAGGCUUCAUGGGAUGGGAAUAGAGGUUUGCGUCGUUGCGUUUCCAAUCCGUGACAGUGUAGCAGCGGAGAAUUGACAGAGUGGGACCGGUGGAGCCGAUGAGGACCAGGAGACAGAUAAACCAACGGGACACGGGGCCGCUGAUGGGAGCGGUGAAGUGAGAAGAGACGAAGAGCCCGGACCGAGCAGGAUCAAAAGGGACCAGAAGCAUAAUGGUACUUCUCUUGUGGCUCGGCCUGUCGCUGCUGUUGGCUGAGCAGUCCAAUGCUGUCAGGAACUGCCACCCCAGCUGUCACUGUGAGGUGGAAAGCUUUGGGCUGUUCGACAGCUUCAGCCUGACCAGGGUGGACUGCAGAGGCAUGGGUCCCAGCUUCUCCAUGCCCAUUACCAUUCCUUUGGAUACCGCCCACCUGGACCUGUCUUCCAAUGAAAUGGGGCCGCUCAGCGAUGCAAUGUUAACCGGUCCAGGGUAUACUACCUUAAUUAGUUUGGACCUCAGCAGCAACAAAAUUACAAAGAUUAGCCCCAAUGCAUUGUCAAAGCUGCGUUACCUGGAGAGUCUGGAUCUGAGCUACAACAAGCUAGAGAGCUUGUCUCCUAGCUGUUUUUCUGGGCUCCCUCUUGCUGAGGUGGACCUCAGUCACAACCGUUUCCAGGAGUUCGACAUGGCAGUGUUUGCUGCUAAAGUGAACGGCGAGCCCCUUAAUGUGGAUCUGUCUCAAAACAAGCUCGUGUCAGUCUCCACCACCUUGCAUGGAAGAGUUUUAAACAUCCAGAGUGUCAAUUUGUCCUCAAACCAGCUGGUUAACGUACCGAGCAUGGCAGGACUUCCGCUCAGGUACCUAAAUCUGGAUGCCAACCCCAUCAAGAAAAUCAAGAAGGGUGCCUUUGCUCAACUCAAAGAGCUUGUUUAUCUUUCUCUCAGUGGUCUCAGUGAACUACAUGAAAUUGAGCCACAUACCUUCAGUGAUCUCCAGAACCUUCAAGUUUUGGACCUCUCAAAUAACUCAAACCUUAAAAGUCUGCAACCUGCAGUCUUCUCUGGACUAGAGUCUCUACAGGAGCUCAACUUGUCUGGCUCUGGUGUGACUUCUUUACCAGCUAACAUGUUGAGCCAGCUCCCCAGCAUCAAAAGUAUCACCCUUGGACAAAGCAUCCACUGCUGGAGGACACAGAAACAGGGACAGUUCCAUCGACAGAUAGGGCAGGUUCAACAUAACGAGGAGCUGCACUGUAACGUAGACGGCAUUGUGUUGUGAGACUGGACCACUCAGUAGAUCUAAGACUCAUUCGCUUAGAUAUGCAGAACACUCUUGAGCGGCUCUAGUAUGGCUAAAUCUGCUCCUAGGCGAUACCAUAUCAUCUUAAUGUAGCUUUUAAAAAAUACUUUGGACACUUUAAGAGAUGCUGUAUUUUCUGAACUACAGAGACCAACUUCUGUCAUGAAAAACAGAAAAUCCACCUUUUUUUUUCCUUUUCUUUCACACAACUGUUUUAAGUCAUACAUUUCACUUCAAAGUUGUCUUAAGAUGUAAUUGAACUUAUUCCAACAUCUUUUUUUUUCUUAAAUAAUGUACAUAUACCAUUCAGAGAUAAUGGUUGUUACCAUGUAGCCACUAAUUUCAAUGGAACGUCUGAGGUGAUUGAAAUGAGACUUAAGGGAAGAUUGUUUGUUGUUCUUUAUGCUGCUGUUAAAUACCCUCUAAUUUCAGAGUUUAAAUCUUCAUAUCAUUUUGGAUCAGUGCCAAGCCAAAGAAGAACCAAAAUAACCCACACUGGAUUUGAUACAGACGUGGUGAUGCCUACUGUUAGCAAUAUAUCAUAUACAAACUUAUUUCUCCCCAUUAUAUUUUAUAGAGGGUAAAAAAAGGACACACAAAUAGAAAUGCACACUAUUACCUGUUUGAGGCCGCCAUGUUGGAUCUCAGCUCAGGGUAAGAUUAUCUAACUUACCCGGUCCAGUGAGGUAUUAUUUAGCUUCAAU